UAGGAUUUUCAAUGCCAAUGCCCUUGGACAUGUUGCGGGCACACGCCAUCCUCUACGAUGCGGAGUGUGGCGCACAGGAGACCUAACCUUCUGGCGCUUCACAUUCGACCAACUUGGGGUCGACGACAUUGUCUAGCAUCCUUAUCGAGAGAUGGGGGUCUGGGUCCCAGACUGACUACAACUACCGCGGAUGUAGAGAGACCGAUUCUUACUCGGGCAGUAGGACUACAUGGUCAUGCCAUACUACUGGCACCAAUGCAUGAGGCAGUUCGGGCAGGUGCAAACAAUGCCACCCAUUCCUCCUACCUAUGCACGAUUUGCCAGGAGCGCUUUGAGACCCCAGGACUAGCCUCCUCCCACCAUCGGGGACGUGCAGGACAACUGAGAAGAUAGUGACGAUGACGACAUCGAUCCAUAGCUGGAUAUAGACAAUGUCGGAGUCGGUGUCGACUUUGUGGAGUGGUGGGAGAGAGUUGCCCCAACACUGAUCUUCCCACCAGACGCAGCAAGAGGAGAUGCGGGGGUGUUGGGAGAGGACGAGUCCGAGGGCUUGUCGAAGGUGGAGGACGAUAGACCAAGCCAACGACGGUGGGCGAGGAGCACGAGUCCAGAUAGACCGGUCGUGCUCCCAGCAACAUCGGCUGUGCCACCAACAGUCGCCGCAGUUGGCACGGAGGGGUCCAGUAGUAGGGCUCUUUUGCAAGAUCCAGAUUGGCAGGCAGGUGAUCCUGGUAUGCAUAUGCUAUUUUCUGUUUAUGUACUUUCACUUCUUUUGAUAUUCAUAUGCAUAGAUAGAGAUUUUUGAUAUGAUGAGGUACUGAUGCAAAAUCAUUUUGUGUUUGCAGAGGGCGUCGUUCCUGUAGCUGUACGGACACUCGUGUGAUAGGCCCAUAACGCAUAAAUCAGUUGGGAAUGCCAAUCCUUACCAUGCUUAGUGACAGUCUUGCGUAAGAUUUGCUCGAUGGUUUUGUUAGAUGCUUCCGCUUGACCGUUGGACUGUGGAUAGUAAGGAGUGGAAAAACGAUGCUAAAUGUGGAACUUUUCGAGGAACUGCUUGACCUCCUUGUUCUUAAAUGGCGUACCAUUAUCAGAAAUGAGGGUAGUAGGUAUACCCAAUCAAGAAAUGAUGUUAUCCAUGAUAAAACCACAAAUCAUGUCAGCGGUAGUCGAACGUAGUGGUACUGCUUCGACCCACUUCGUGAAGUAAUCUAAGGCGGUAACAAUGAAGAUAUGACCUUUAGACGAUGGAGGAGAUAUUUUACCAAUAAUAUCUAUUCCCUAGGUCUGAAAAAGGCCACAGAGAGACUUGACUAUGGAGCUCUUGUGCGGGGGCUCGAAUCAAGUUGUGUUGUUGACAUUGAGGGCAUUUCUUAACAAAAGCGAAGGAUUCUUGCUCCAUCGUUUGCCAAUAGUACCCCAUAUGAAUAAGUUUGUGCACCAAAGAUUUACCACCAAAAUGACCACCUCCAGAACCCGAGUGGGCUUCCUGAAGGGCCACAUGGAUCUCAGCUUUUGUUAAACAUUGCAAAAGAAGACCAUUAUAUGAUCUUCUGUAUAAUAUGUCAGAUAAGAGGAUAUAACAGGUAGCUAAUUUCCGAAUUCGCACGUGAACUUUUACUAGCGUCUUCGGGAAAGCUUCCGGUCUUUAGAUAAUUGAAUAUAUGUGCAAACUAUUCUCCUGAGUAGAGAUGAGCACAUAUGAGAUUGUCUUGAUAUGCGCUAUCUGAAACAACCAGGGAGCGAAGGACUUGCACCACAAAACGGUACUCAUCUUGGCCAAAAUCAAGGCCUACAAGGGAAGUCGCGCUUACCAUUGCAUCUGCGUGACGAUUUUCUCUCCGGGGGAUGCUAUCGAUCAUGUAAGUAGCGAAUUGUUUCAGUAUAGUUUGAACUAAAUCUUAUAUUGAGACAACUUCAGCUGUUUCACGUGAUAAGCACCUGUCACUUGAUUUACAAUGAGUUUGGAAUCUCCAUGGAUGCGAAUAUGUUUCACACCCAUGGCAAUCGCGACAUAGAGUCCUGCAAUCAAGGCCUCGUACUCGGCGAUGUUAUUGGUGCAAUGAAAUUCCAAGCGGAACAAAAGGGGAACCAGUUUUCUUUCAAGUGAAACAAAGACUGCACUUGCUCCGGAACCAGGUUGACAUCUUGAAUCGUCAAAAUACAUGUCCCAUACAGGGUCUUGAUCAAUGAUCAAGACGUCCUCGUCGGAGAAGAGGUCUAGGGUAGGAAAAGAUUUGCUUGAGGGAGCGUUGGCCAACUGAUCAGCGAUAACCUAUCCCUUAAAUGACUUUUGAGAGAUGAACUUCAGGUCAAAUUUAGAGAGCAGCAUUACCCAUUUAGCCAACUGUCCUGAAAGAUCAGAUUUAGCAAAAAGGUGCUUAAGGAUGUCAUUUUUGGCAAUGACCUGUGUUUUUGCAUGGAGAAUGUAAUGUCUUAGCUUCUGGGUCGCGAACACAAGAGCUAAGCAUUGUUUCUCUAUGGCAGAAUAUCAGGUCUCAUUAUCUAUCAAUGUACGACUAACGUAAUAGACAACUCUCUCUCGGCCUUCAUCAUCACGCUGAGCUAGCAAUGUUGCUAGAGCAUGAGAUGUAAUGGAGAUGUAUAGGAAGAAAGGUUUAUCAAACAUAGCUGGCAUCAAGAUAGGAGGAUUAGCCAAGUAAUCCUUGAUGGAAUCGAAAGCCUUUUGACAGUCUUCAUUCCAUUUAAAGUGAACAUCCUUCUUUAGCAAUCGUGUGAAAGGGAGAGUCCGAUCAACCAGUUGCGCCACAAAUCGACGGAUGGCUUGGAUUUUCCCUUGCAGACUACGAAGUUGAGAGAUGUUUCUAGGUGGAGGCAUGUUGACAAUAGCAUCAAUCUUAUCUGUAUCUAUUUCAAUUCCUCGGUGAGAGAUGAUAAGCCCCAAGAGUUUCCCUGCGUCAACAUCGAAGACACACUUAAGAGGGUUUAGUCUCAUUUUAUAUAACAGAAGUCUUUCAAAGACCAUAUGUAGAUUUUCAACAUGCGUUCCUCGUGCUAGGGAUUUUACCAAAAUUUCAUCGACAUAAUCUUCUAAGAUCUUAUGGAUGAAAUCAUGGAAGAUCAAAGUAAUGGCUUGUUGAUAGGUUGCUCCCGCGUUCUUCAACCCAAACGACAUGACGACAUAGCAAAAGGUCCCCCAUGGGGUCGUGAAGGCGGUCUUAUAUUGAUCUUCCGGGUUAAUGCAGAUUUGAUUAUAACUCGAGAAGCCGUCCAUUAAUGAAAGCAAAGCAUACCCUGCGGUCGAAUCGACGAUCAUAUCAAUAUUCGGGAGGGGAAAGUCAUCUUUGAGAGAUGCCUUAUUCACAUCCCGAAAGUCGAUGCAAAUGCGGAUUCUCCCAUCAGGUUUGCUCACCGGUACAAUGUUCGAGAUCCAAGGCGAGUAGUCAAUAGGCCGGAUAAAGCCAGCUUUAAAGAGCUUCUCUAUCUCGGUCUUGACCAACAAGGCCACCUUAGGAUUCAUCUUUCGAAUCUUUUGUUUCAUCGGCUUAGCAUCAGGACUAAGCACAAUGUUGUGUACCACAAUUGACUCAUCGAUGCCAGGCAUCUCUUCAUAAGACCAAGCAAAGAUGUCAGGGAAUUGGUGUAACAACUCGGAAUAUUCUUUCGAUUCUUCAGGGGACAAGCACUUCCCAAUCUUUAUAACUUUAUCAGGAGCCUUAUCACUCAUGACAACAUCAGUAAUCUCCCUGCGUAGGAGCGCAUUACUGUCGUCUGGAUGAGAAACAAAUAUUUGCUCUUCAUUACGGGAAAGAGGUGCCCCCUGUGCAGCAGAUUCUCCAAAGUAGGCUUGAGCAUUCAAGCAAUAUGGGAAUCGGCGUUUAUGGUGAUAAGAGGGCAGCUCCUCGUAGACACCUAGAAAUUCCUUCAAGGAUUCUUCCGAAGGGAAUAAGUCCAAAGGAAUCUCAGCAGACGAUGCACUAGUAUCAAUGAGUUCUGGAAGGACAAGCUCCAAAGGCAGGGGAUUGACCGAUAUCAUGUUGAAUGUCAACCAUGGUUUUGCCUUUCAUCUCAUAUGACGAUGCCCUAGUCCAGUGUUGUGGUGGCGAGGUUCAGCCUCUAAAGGGAUCCGAAUGCCUUGCUCAUUAGGCCCACAACCCCUUACAUCGUACCCAAGUUGAGAGACCAACUUGUAUCUAGGACCAUAGAUCUCUUGAAGCUCCUUCCUUGAUGGUGGUUUGGUAUAGAAAAGAUGAUCCACAUGGUAAGCAUCACCCGACUUUAUGGAUGCAUAAUCAUCCUUCGUAGCCGAAGUGAAUGCUAUCUUUGGAAAACUCAAGUGGACAGGAUCUACUUUGUAUUCACCAACGUGGGAAUCAGUGAAUUCCAAAGAGCCCCAGUCAUCGCCUAAGCAUGCAUUGACUUUCGAUGGAGAAGACAACUUUACUGGAGAUCGUUGCUUAGGGGGCGGCUCUAGCGUUUCCGUUUUAGGAGUGUCAAUCGUGAGAGACUCAGAUGACUUCUCCUUUUUAGUGACUUCCUUAGGGAUCUCUUCUUUCUUACACUCUUCCUUUUUAGGGGAGGUGGCAGAAGCAGAAGUUAUCACCGAAGAAGAUAAGCUUGGUAACCAAUUAUGAAAUGAGGGUGUAGCAGAAGCCUAACCCACUGCGGCAAUUUGACAUAACUGCAUAGCCUCAGGGUCAGCUCUAACUGUGACAACCCGGUUAUCAGCUACAAACUUCACCGCUUCAUGAAGCGUAGAGGAGAUAGCUCCCAAGGCAUGAAGCCAAGUUCUACCUAGAAGAAGGUUGUAUGAUAAAGGACCUGGCAUAACAUGCACAAGGGUUGGAAUGGUUAUUGGUCCAACCUUCAAGGACAGUAUGACAGUUCCUACAAUGGUUUUUCCAUAGUUGUCAAAACCUCGAAUGUACAUAGAGGACGCUGCCACAGAUUUCGGAUCUACUUUGAUCUUUGGUAGCAAGUCCAAUCUGCAAACAUUAAGUGUAGAUCUAGUAUCAAUUAGAGUUCGUCUGAUAUCCACACCAUUCACAUGGACAAUAAUCAUCAAAGGAUCCGCUAGAUUCCUCACAUCAGGAGGUGGAAGUUCAUGCGGAUAGAAAGUAAUAUUUGGCAAAUCCGCACGAAUAUGAUCCAUCAACGCAUUCACAUUAGUUGGUCUCGCAGAGGAAGGUAGCAAGAUCUUAUGCAAAGCUUCCUGCAACAUACCUUGGUAUACCAAGGCGGUUUGAAGCAAAUCCCAUAGUGAGAUCUUAGCUGGAGUAACCUUAAGUUGCUCGAUAAGAUCAUAAUCACUCGGUCGCUUGUCUGUCGGCUAAGGUGCCUUAGGAAGAGUCGGUUGAGAAGGUGGUAAAGAAAUUUGUUAUUGUUGUCCGAGAACUUGCUUGUUAUUACGAGUGUUAUACGUGUGUGCAAUGGUGUAAUAAGAAGACUGUCUAGAUUGCAUAAAUCUGGCAUAUAGGUCGGAAGUUCCUCCUUUGAAAGGCUUUCCAUUAAUGGACUUAACCUUCUUGGGGAAAGGACUAGCCGCUGUCACAUGAAUGAAAGGUCUCUUAGGCCUUUGAGGGGCUGCGGAGACGACAAUGACAUUCACGGAUGCUUUUUCUUCGCAUGAGGAUGUUGAGGAAGGCGACUCAUCCUUUGCACUCCUUUUUGGAGGAGGUGCAUCAAGGAAAUCGUCUAAGACUUCAUCCAACAUAUCAAAAUCAUCUUUUGAAAAUGCCUUAUCAAAGGCAUUAAACUCUGAAAGGAAGAGACCCGACAUCUAGACCUUUCAGGUCAGAUUCACCAAAAUGUAAUGGAUGGAAUUUGCCACCUUAGGAAAGAUGAAUCCCCAAGGACAAAUUAUCCGUUCGAUUACCUCUUCGAAUAGGCGCAAUGCUGAGCGAGGAGCAAAAGGAAUGCUUUGGAUCUGUCAGAGAAUUGAGACGAACCUCUGACGAACUCUGCAAGGUUCUGUAACCGAGACAAUAGGGUGGGCCCAAGACUGCAGUGUGGAUUGCGGAUUGCAGCGCGGUGCGCUAGUGUCCUAGGUGGACAAAACACAAAGCUAGACAAAGAUGCCUGGUUCUUACAGACAUAACACAGAACAAAAACAUAAUUAACUAAACUACUAACUAUCUAACGAGCUAACGAACUACGAAGGAAUAAAUAUAGAAUGUAUAGAAUAUGGGUGAAAUAAUCUGUGAACCGCUUAAACGGAAAUAUGAAGCAGAAAGGAUAGAGAAAAUAGGGAACUUGGGAAGCUCUCGGGUUUAGGACGGCAGCGCGCUGCGCUGCCAUUUGUACGUCCAGAAAACGAUAAAUCCCAGAGUCCAAGUGUUGGGUCAAACCUAUACCUGCGCACACAGAAAAGGGAGAAAAUGUUGGGGCUGUAUAGUGGCCUGCCUCAGUCAGACCCCCGCUUGGGUGUUUCCACCGCCACGGACAGCCAGAUUGGUAUAGAUUGAAAAAUAGAUAACUUGGAACAAAUUUGUAAAUUGGUAAAUAGAUGCAAAAAGAAAUCUAAUUCCUAUUGCAUGCAAAUAAAUAUUGGAAUAUUGGUAAAUAAAGUUAUUAAUGCAAAGGACUCAUUGCAUGAAAGUGAAAUAGAGAGAGUAAGUUUGGAAAUCAAACUCUCCUUGAUAUUUGGCAUCGCGAGCGUGAUGAAGUCCACUUGAUAAAUGAAUUGGUAAGAAGCCACCAUGAGGUCGGGAAGCUUGAUGUUGGUAUCGAUAGCUUGCUUUUGAUGUUGAUGUUGCAUGAGCCAAGAGCUUGCCAAAGAGGGCUUGAGAGAGUGCAAAGAUCAAGAGCCAAGAACCCAAAGUGGGAACCCCCCCAAAUGAGUUGGAAAGGGUUUUUAAUUCAAAACAAGUGCGGAGAGCUGUUAUGGCACGAUGUGGGCCAAAGGACACACGUUGGCGCGCAUCGGAGUCACCAUCACUUUUAAAAUCCGACCGUUUUUCGGGACGUCCCCGCAUCGCGCUGACGUCUGUCAGUAAUAGGUCCCAAAGGGCUGACAGGGCUAAACAAUGAUCUUUGGGAUGAAUGUCCUAUGAUGACAAUGUUGCAAUUUUGAUUAUAGGGUCAUCAUAAGUGUCUUAGGCGUCAUGCACAAGUGUCCAAGUGUCAUAAAUGCACUGGGUACAAUUUAGGACACUACAAAAACAAAUGGUUUAUAUAGCUUGAUUGUUGAUUUUUUCUGAUUGGGGCAUGACGAAAUUUUAGCUUCAUCCUCAAAUGCAGGAAGAAAAGGGAUUCGAGAACAUACUUGUCGGGAUCAAUGGUCGUAGUUUCAGGUGUCUCAAUUCCAUUUCUGACCAACACGUCUCUUCAAUUUAGAUAUUUUUUAGGUAAUUUAAAUGAUUGUAAGGGUCCAACACCUGCUUUGCUGUGGCUUGAACUUGACUUAAGUAUGUUGGAAAAGUUGGAUGAGCAUGAAAAUAUUGAAGGGGAAGAAGUUAUGUCAAGCAUAACUUCCUCACUAACUAUUCCUUCAUGGGUUCCUCUCAAAAGUUUGCACUAUUUAAAAAUUUCCCAUGGAUGUCUCCGAAGUUUGUGGCAGACUGACCAACAGGUAAUAUUUUCUUUUGUAAAGUGUUAAUGACGGUAUGAUAUAGAGUGCGUUCUCAAAGUAGCUAUUUUGUGACCAUUAUUUAGAAUUGGAGAAGUUUUUUUUUACACAAAUUAGUUUCAAAUCUCAGGCCCCUUUGCAGCUAAAAGAGCUUGUCCUUGACGGAACAAACUUGGAAGAGUUUCCAAAUUCAUUGGGAAUGUAGAGUCAUUUAGAAAAUUUAGUCCUAGCAGGAAAAGAAGAAUUGAACGGAAUAGAAUGAAAUAAUUCCAUGAAAAUCGACGGGAUAUUCUUCUCAAACUCACUCAGAAAACUCGCUAAUCUUAGAAGUUUGGUUUUUAGGAUUUCACAUUAAGUGGGGAAUUGAGUUUCGAGACUAGCAUGGAGCCUCGAAUUGUAAGCCUUGAAGAUAGAUAUAAGGAAUGUAAAACUUAUGUCUAAGGUUUCAAUCAGUGGACAUUAUUUUGUUAGCAUUAAAUCUCUCUAUCUUGAAUCCUUGGAAAGUUUAUUCCAAGUGGAUUUAAGAAUCGCAGCCACACAGAAUUAUUUAAAGGAUGGAAAAUCAAACACAAGAGUAGAAGAGUUUCCAUGUUCUGCAUGCUAUGCUGCUUAGAAAGAAUCACCAUUGAUGGAUGUUCGAAGUUGCAGAAGAUCAAAGGUAUUGAAGAGUUGGAAGGACUGAAAUAUCUACAUCUUUCAGCUGGCAAUGUAGCUAUGUGGGGAUUUAUUCAAAUGUGGCAGGUAUUAUACUUCCGUUAGUGUGACGUUUUGAUAGGAAAGCAGUUUACAUAUUGUUAGUUGUAUCUCUUUUUUUACUUUACUGUUAUAUAUUCACUAGACUAAUUAGUCUCUAUAUCAAUUCAGAGAAUACUGUCAGGAGUUACUAGUUGUAGUUGGGAAUCAAAUGUUGAUGUGGAGAGCAUUCUACAGCAAUUCAAUGUGUCGUCUUCAUUUGUUGGGCGAGAUGGCACAAUUACCGAAAUUCUUAGUGAUUCCAGGAUAGAGUUAGUGGUUCCUGUGACAGAACAAACUAGUGCAAUUAUCAUACUUAUGUUAGUCGAAAGUGUAUUUAAAGGGAAAGAUUGCCGAAUUUUUUUGAAGAUUUCUCUUAUGGACUGGAUGGUGGCUUAUAUAGGAAGAGGGAUAUAUAUUGCUGCUGUUGUAGUCACUGACGAAGAAAAAAUAAUAAAGAUGCGAUAUGGGAUAUCCAAUUGGAUUCCGAUAGUGUCAGAUGGUACAGUAAGAAAGGGCUUUAUAGUAACCAUCGAAAAAAGAGGCGAAUGGAAAACCCUACGAUUACUUCAACAACUUUUUUCUCAGGUUUGCUGCUGCUCAAUAUUCAUAAAUUGUAUGUGUGAUGAUUAACUUGACUGGAGCAUAAAAGAAUUGACAUUCAUCGUUGAAUGUAGGAAAAAUUAAGAUUUGCAUAGAGAACACAUGUUUGAAAAAGCUGUCACUGGUAGUGAUUUGGGAAAGCUGAGUCGUUUUGUGAUUCCCCAAUAUCAAGCGGAGAAGUAUUUUCAUCUGGAUACAAAUGCAAAAGAUAGAGGAGUGUUGCUCACAUUCCAAGACAGAGCGGGGAAAGAAUGGCGGUUUCGGUGUUCGUACUGGAGAAGGAAGCAGAGCUACGUGUUCACCCAGGGCUGGUAAAACUUCGUCAGUGCCAGUAAAUCUCUUCCAGAAUAUAUCGUUUCCUUCGACAGAACCGUCGAUGCCUAAAAUGUAGAACGGCUUUACAUUAGUUGCAGGCGGCUUCCCUUAAUAGGGCGGGAAACAUUCGAGUCGCCGACAAUUUUUAGUUAAAAAAGACUCCUUUCUGGAGUUACAGCACAGUGGAUUUCUUUCACCUCUUUGCAUAACUGAUGCCAUUCCAAUGGCUGCCACUGCCACCGAGUUGACUGAGCAAAAGAAUGCCUGCACGCCUACAGAAGUUGCUCAGCCGAUGAGUGUUGGCAUAGGUGUAGGAGAGUGAAAUUGGGAAACAGAGCCUCUGCAAUUUAUGAAGCUCUAUGAUCCGAAUUAUGGAUUCGGAUGACAACACUUGAAUCUGCGGUAUUGUAAAUUCUAUUUACAAGAAUCAGAAAUCAUCAAAUUGAAGCAAGCCAAAAAGUAAUCUAUUUCAUUCGAAAAUCCAACAUAUGUAAGUUCAUGAGAUUCCAAGGGUCACAGAGACCUCUUGAGAAUCGAAGCCCAACAGUCACAUUUGUUUAUUACAUAAUAAAAUCUAAAAACUACGAAAUUUUAAAAAAACUAUAUGAAAAUUUAUCCCAACUUCAAGUAGACAUAACUUUCUACUCGGGACUCGAAACUACGAGCCGUUGAUCUCGUUGGAAAGGUCUCCAAGAGAUGUAGACCCACAGCUUUCAGCUAUGCUCUUUCGCCGGUGGCAGGGGCUAAAAAUGCCCUUAAGACCUUCAAAAUUGCAAAAUACUAACAUAUAGAUAAACUAAACUAAAAAAAAAUAUACACAAUUCAAAAAUUCUUCUGAUCACUCUAAAUGCAGUGCCCACGGUAUCAUAAACAAAGGUUUCUUAAAAUUUCUCAGGACACAAUGCUCAGGAAAUUAAAAUUUCUUAGGGCACAAUGGUCAGGAAAGUGGAGUUCAUUAAAUUAUUUUUACUUAAAAUGUCUUCAACCCAAUCAAUUAAGCUCUAAAUGCAGUGCCCAGUGUCUCAUAAAUGAAGGUUUCUUAAAAUUUCUUAGUGCACAAUGUUUAGGAAAGUGGAGUUCAUUUUUGAAGAGGUUUCUAAAUUAUUUUUAUUUCAAAUAUAUUCAACCCAAUCAAUUUCUUAAGUCAAUCGACUUCAUAAAUUAUAAAAACAUUCUAUAUUCUUUAAAAAAAUAAAUUUAUAUGACAUAAUCAUUAAAUUUUUAUUUAUUUUUUAAUAUGGAAAAGCUAUUUUUUUAUGAUUUCAUUGACUUUUAUUUUUAUUGUCUAAAAAAAACUUAUAAUCUUUCUAAUUAAAAAGUAUUUAUAAACAUUUAUACUAAAUAAAUUUCAGUUUUACGUAAUUAAAAAUUUCUGUACUCAUCGAUGAUGGCGUAUAACAAUAACAAUAAUUUAUGGUAACUUAAGAACCUAAAAUACCUUAUGUAGAUUCCUCCGGAGACACGUAUAAAUAGAGCUACCUUCUAGAUUGGACUUCAAUUUGUUUGUUAUUGGGUUGACCAGCGCAAACUGAAAAUAACGGAUUGCUAAUGCUAUUAAAGAGGUGUUUGAAUUUUGAAACGUCUACGUAGAGAGUGAUAUUAGGCGUAGAGCAGACGGUAUCACCUAUGAUUGCAUACUUGAUCUUAUAAUAUGAUUUACUAACGACUUCAGAUUUUGACUGCUAGAUGUACCUAUAAACAGUUCAGAAUGUCCACUUCUUACCAAGUAGUAUAGCGCGUGUGAAUCCAGCCAUAAUGUCGUAAUUACCUUGACUUCUCCGAGAAACAGCUAGCAGGUACAGAGCAAACAACUUUGUCACCAAUUUGUAUGCAGUGCUACUUUUAUAAAUCGAUUCAAUGUGAGUUGCAAUUUUCUGUGUCAGUCGAGUUUCAUUCCCCAUUCAUGGCUUCGCCUACCUCGGCUAGCAAAUUAAAUGUGGAAGAUGACUCUAUCGGUGAAAUGUUUUAUCGAGGAGAAAAGAUACGAUCAUCUGCAUCCCCUAAACUUUAUGAUGUUUUCAUUAACCACCGAGGCCCUGAUGUCAAAGAAACCCUGGCUCUUGAACUUUAUAAUUCUCUUGAAAUGGCGGGAAUCCGAACGUUUCUUGAUUGCAAAGAGAUGGAGUUGGGUGAUUUGUUUCCUUCCACAAUUCAGAACGCCAUUUACUCUGCAUCAGUACAAAUUCCCAUUUUUUCUAGAAGGUAUGCAGAAUCCGUUUGGUGUUUAGCGGAGCUUGCUCUAAUGUUACAAACGAAAAGAAAGAUCAUUCCAAUAUUCUAUGAUGUUCCACCUUCCGACCUCAGAUACGUAGAAAAGGGAGUGUAUGCUGAUUCGUUUAAUUACCACACAGAGAAGCGUAGGUAUCUCGACAAACUUGACAGCUGGAAAGGAGCCCUCCGCUGUGUUUCAUACAUCUCUGGCUGCGAAUUCAACCCAAAUAACGACAAUAUUGAGACACUAUGUAAUAUUGUAGUGUCUGCUGUCCAAAGAGAGGUAGAAAAGACAAGAUCUUUAGAAGUUGCAAGGUAUCCUACUGGAAUUGAAGAAUUGGUUGAAGACUUUGAAAGGACAUGCUGGCAGAGUAUGGAGGACAAAGAUAAAGUGAUUGGCAUAUAUGGUAUGGGUGGGUCUGGUAAGACCACCCUUGUCAAAGAAUUGUUCAACCAAAAGCGUUCAGAAUUUAGUGGAUCAUGUUUUUUGUUUGAGGUGCGAGAAGCAGCGUGCAACUGUAAGCUGACUUCUUUGCAAACAAAGCUUCUUAAGGAUCUGGUGCAGGAAAAUCGUGAGUUUGACAGUGUUCCUGAUGGAUGGAGUUAUCUUAGAUCUCGUCUGGCGAGCAACCCUUUUGUGAGCUUCUUAAUUGUUAUAGACGAUAUAGAUCACAUGGACCAGUUGAGUGCCUUAUUGGUCACGGAUCUUUUGGUCAAUAAUUCUCGUAGUUUGAUAAUUGUCACAACCCGUGAUGAGAGAGUUCUGAUAAAAGCAGGGAUUAAUUCUUGCUAUAAGAUGAAAGAAAUGAAUGUCCAUCAUAGCACAGAGCUCUUCUGUUGUCACGCUUUCCGCCAACCAUAUCCAGCCAGGGGAUAUGAAGAUUUGGUUGAAAGCUUUGUGAAAGAGUGUGGGGGUUUGCCUCUAUCUCUGCAGGUGUUGGGUGGACUUGUUUUUGGUAGUACUGAUAUGCAUUAUUGGAAACUAGUAUUGGAUAAAGUGAGGAAAACUCUACCUCAAGAUAUAAUGCAGACACUUAAAAUAAGCUUUGAUUCCCUUGAUGCUGAGCAAAAGCAGGUAUUUAUGGACGUUGCAUGCUUUUUCGUAAACAAAUCUCGUCAUAUGGCUUUAAGAAUAUGGGAAGCAUCAGGGUGGAGGGCUGAGCACACACUUCAGAUCUUAAUUGAUAAGUGUCUUGUUGAAGUUCAAGUGGGAAGGACUUACUGGAAUGGAUUUGACUCCGAAAACAUUCCCCUUUUGAGAAUGCAUAACCACAUCCAGGAUCUCGGCAGAGAAAUUGCAGCUGAAUUGAGCAAUCCUGGUCGACUAUGGCGUUGGCAUCAUCUUCGUUCUCAGGAAGAAAAGGGAUUCGAGAACAUACUUGGUGGGAUCAAUGGACGUAGUUUCAGGUGUCUCAAUUCCAUUUUUGAUCAGCACACCAAUCUUCAGUUCAGAUGUUUUUUAGGUAAUUUAAAUGAUUGUGAGGGUCCAACAACUGCUUUGUUGUGGCUUGAGCUUGACUUAAGUAUGUUGGAAAAGCUGGAUGAGCAUGAAAAUAUUGAAGGGGAAGAAAUUAUGUCAAGCAUGCCUUCCUCACUAACUAUUCCUUCGUGGAUUCCUCUCCAAAGUUUGCACUAUUUAAAAAUUUCCCAUGGAUGUCUCCGAAGUUUGUGGCAGAGUGAUCAACAGGUCCCUUUGCAGUUAAAAGAGCUUGUCCUUGACGGAACAAACUUGCAAGAGUUUCCAAAUUCAUUGGGAGUCUUGAGUCAUUUAGAAAAUUUAGUCCUAGCAGGAAGAGAAGAAUGGAACGGAACAGAAUGGAAUAAUUCCAUGAAAAUCGACGGGAUGUUCUUCUCAAACUCACUCAGAAAACUCACUAAUCUUAGAAGUUUGGUUUUGAGGGAUUUCACAUUAAGCGGGGAAUUGAGUUUCGAGACUAGCACUGAGCCUCGAAUUGUCAGCCUUGAAAAGAUAGAUAUAAGGAAUGUAAAACUUAUUUCUAAGGUUUCCAUAAGUGGACGUUACCUUGUCAGCAUUAAAUCUCUCCAUCUUGAAUUCUUGGAAAGUUUAUUCCAAGUGGAUUUAAGAAUCGCAGCCACACAGAAUUAUUUAAAGGAUAGAAAAUUAAACACAAGAGUAGAAGAGUUUCCAUGUUCUGCAUGUCUAUGCUGCUUAGAGAGAAUCACCAUUGAUGGAUGUUCGAAGUUGCAGAAGAUCAAAGGUAUUGAAGAGUUGCAAGGACUGAAAUAUCUACAUCUUUCAGCUGGCACUAUAGCUAUAUGGGGAUGUAUUCAAAUGUGGCAGAAAAUACCGUCAGGAGUUACUAGUUGUAUUUGGGAAUCAAAUGUUGAUGCGGAGAGCGUUCUACAGCAAUUCAAUGUGUUGUCUUCAUUUGUUGGGCGUGAUGGCACAGUUACUGAAAUUCUUAGUGAUUCCAAGACAGAGUUAGUGGUUCCUGUGACAGAACAAACUAGUGCAAUUAUCAUUGUUUCGUUGGUCGAAAGUGUAUUUAAAGGGAAAGAUUGCCGAAAAAAUCUGAAGAUUCCUCUUAUGGACGGGAUGGUGGCUUAUAUAGGAAGAGGGAUAUAUAUUGCUGCUGUUGUAGUCACUGACGAAGAAAAAAUAAUCAAGAUGCGAUAUGGGAUAUCCAAUUGGAUUCCGAUAGUGUCAGAUGGUACAGUAAGAAAGGGUUUUAUAGUAACCAUCGAAAAAACAGGCGAAUGGAAAACCCUACGAUUACUUCAACAACUUUGUCCUCAGGAAGAAAAAGAUUUGCAUAGAGAACACAUACGAUUACUUCAACAACUUUGUCCUCAGGAAGAAAAAGAUUUGCAUAGAGAACACAUGUUUGAAAAAGCUGUCACUGGCAGUUAUUUGGGAAAGCUGAGUCGCUUUGUGAUUCCCCAAUAUCAAGCGGAGAAAUAUUUUCCUCUGGAUACAAAUACAAAAGAUAGAGGAGUAUUGCUCACAUUCCAAGAUAGAGCGGGGAAAGAAUGGCGGUUUCGGUAUUCCUACUGGAGAAGGAAGCAGAGCUACGUAUUCACCCAGGGCUGGAAAAACUUCGUCCUUGCCAUUAAACCUCAUCCAGGGGACAUCGUUUCCUUCGACAGAACCGUCGACGCCCAAAAUGUAGAACGGCUUUACAUUAGUUGCAGGCGGCUUUCCUUAAUAGGGCGGAACCAUUUGAAUCGCCGGCAACUUUUACUUGAAAAAGACUCCUUUCUGAAGGCACAGCACAAUGGAUUUCUUUCACCUCUUUGCAUAACAGAUGCCAUGCCAAUGGCUGCCACUGCCACCGAGUUGACUGAGCAAAAGAAUGCCUGCACGCCUACAGAUGUUGCUCAGCCGAUGAGUGUGGACAUAGGUGUAGAAGACUGAAAUUGGGAAACAGGGCCUCUGCAAUUUAUGAAGCUCUAAAUGCAGUGCCCACGGUCUCAGAAACGAAGGUUUCUUAAAAUUUCUUAGUGCACAAUGUUCAGAAAAUUAGGAGUUCAUAUUUGAAGAGAUUCUCUUCAUUUACAUUCUUUUGCAGGAAGUUUAAAAAGUAAAGCUAACAAGGAAAUGCACAUAGCGACAUCAUUACUAAGAAGAAUGAUGAAACCUUGUAUAAGUCCAUUUCUUAUUUUCAAUUGUAUAAAAUGCAAGGGGUUUUAGAAA